AUGAAUGCUGCUGUUGCGAGGCAGCCGGUGGGCUGUCUGAAGGCGGCUUUGAGGAGGACGAGAUUCCAGAGAUCGUGGCAGCGGUGCAUGGCGACAGAGGCUGCGAGCCCCUCCAUCCCCAGAACAGCCUUCAGUCAGAGACAACACAUGGAGCAGCAAAAGGUCGCAAAGUUCCAGAUAUGGCCUCAGGUCCCUUCACCACGAGCCACCCAUCCCGAUCCGAUGCCCGCCUUGAAACAGCAGGAGAUUGCCCGUCUCGAUCCGACCGGCGCCAGGACGAGGCUCUUUUCCCGAGAGCACGCCGAUAGUGCUAAAGUCGGCGACGUGCUCAUGGUGACGACCAAGGCCGGAGAACCCUUUUCGGGAGCAUUCAUCCAACUGCGGAGGCGUGGCGUAGACACGGCCAUCUUGCUACGAGGCCAGAUGAUGAAGGUCGGCGUGGAGAUGUGGUUCAAGAUUUACAGCCCGACUGUUACGGGUAUCGACAUCAUAUGGCGCAAGCCCAAGAGGGCCAGGAGAGCGCGGUUGACGUUUAUGCGCAAGCCCAAGCACGACAUGGGUAGCGUGGAUAACUUGGUGUCUGCCUGGAAGAAGGAGAGAUAUGCGCUGAGAUCCAAGGCGAAGCAGGGUGGAGGAAGACAGGUGAGAUAA